CAGCGGGUAUUUGUGUUGUUCUGGGCCUAGGUGCAAUGACAAUGGAUGCCAUCUUAGCUCGACUGAAACUCCUGAACCCAGAUGACCUCAGAGAAGAAAUUGUCAGAGCCGGAUUGAAAUGUGGACCCAUUACUGCAACCACAAGGUUCAUUUUUGAGAAAAAAUUGGCUAAGUCUUUAUUAGAGCACCAAAGAACCCUGCCCUCACACCCUCCCGACCAGGCUGCCCCAGGUGCCACAGCUCUCAGCCAGGACACACAUGGGAUUUUGAAGUCUGCCCUACGGAGCCCGGCUGAACAGAUCGGCUUUUCUGAGGACAGAGAUUUUGGUUAUAAUGUGGGCUUGAAUCCUGUGGCAGAAGAGGACCUGAAGUCUCUUAAGACCUGCUCAGUGCCCCUCAGUGCUGUUGCUGAGGUUGACAGCCCCAAAACGGUGGUGAGGGCCUCCACUGAGCCCCCUCUGUACUACGGGGUGUGCCCAGCCUACGAGGAUGCCCCGGCAAGAAACGCAGAAAGGAUUCAUGUAUAUGAAGACAAAAAGGAAGCAUUGCAAGCUGUCAAAAUGAUCAAAGGAUCCCGAUUUAAAGCCUUUUCAAGCAGAGAGGAUGCUGAGAAGUUUGCUAGAGGAGUUUGUUGUUCUUUCCCUUCUCCGAGCAAAGCUUCACUACUUUCUCCUGUGAAAACAGCAUCGCUCUCCAGCAGUGGCGGGUUCAGAGCAACAGAUGGUUUAUGCUUAUCUGAGUCAGAAACAGUAAACAAAGAGCGAGCGAACAGCUACAAAAAUCCCCGCACUCAAGACCUCACUUCCAAACUGCGAAAAGCUGUGGAGCAGGGAGACGAAGAAACCUUUUCCGACCUUAUCUGGAGUAAUCCUCGGUAUCUGAUUGGUUCAGGGGACAACCCAACCAUUGUGCAGGAGGGAUGUAGGUACAAUGUCAUGCACGUUGCUGCCAGAGAGAAUCAGGCUUCCAUCUGCCAGCUGACUCUCGAGACACUGGAGGACCCCGAGUUUAUGCGGCUCAUGUACCCAGAUGAUGCCCCGGACAUGCUGCAGAACCGCAUUUAUUACAUCCUCGACCUGUACUUGAACACGCCUGACAGGGGGGGCUACGACACCCCGUUGCAUUUUGCUUGUAAGUUUGGGAAUGCUGAUGUGGUCAACGUGCUUUCUUCACACCCUUUGAUUGUAAAAUGCCCACGGAAUAAAUGUGGUAAAACACCUGAAGAUGUUAUUUGUGAAAGAAGCAAAAAUAAAUCUGUGGAGCUGAAGGAUCAGAUUAGAGAAUAUUUAAAGGGUCACUAUUACGUGCCACUCCUGAGAGCAGAGGAUACGUCGUCCCCAGUGAUCGGGAAGCUGUGGUCUCCAGACCAGAUGGCCGAAACCUCUUACAUUGGCCAUGGUGGAGGUGGCCCCAGAGACCCUGUUCUGACCCUGAGAGCCUUCGCGGGGCCCAUGAGUCCAGCCAAGGCAGAAGAUUUUCGCAGACUCUGGAAAACCCCUCCUCGAGAGAAAGCAGGCUUCUUUCACAAUGUCAGGAAAUCCGAUCCAGAAAGAGGCAUGGAGAGAACAGGAAGGCAGCUGGCUCACGAGCUGGGGUAUCCUUGGGUCGAGUACUGGGACUUCCUGGGCUGUUUUGUUGACCUGUCUUCCCAGGAGGGCCUGCAGAAACUGGAGGAAUAUCUCACACAGCAGGAAGUGGGCAGAAAAGCCCAACCAGACACAGGAGAAAACAAAGCCUGUCUUCAGGAGAAUGCCUCUGCUUUUGGCUGUUGUGGGAAUUGCAGCAACUCCAUCCCUGUGAGGGCCUUUCUGAGCGAAGACAAUUCCAUGAGCUUGGAAGAGAUUAAAAAUCGGCAGAACACAGCGCGAAACAACAACCAGCCCACAGACAGGGCUCUCAGAGACUCGGGGUGCGACAUUCUUCCCUUGGAGCAGAGGACAAACCUCAUAGAAGACUCAGCGCAGACCUGUCUCCACAGCAGCAGGAAUGGGUUCUACAGCCCCCCGAGCAGUGGCAAGAGGACCAUGGCCGCGAGCGGGGAGGGAGCCCUCUCGCCACCUGUUUCCGGCUUGACUGUCGAGUUCAAUAAGCUCAAAUUGCAGAGUCUAGGAAGUGGAUUUUCUGAGACACCAAGUAAAUGUGUGAAGACGAGAGAUAAGAUCCUGGCAUCUAGAAUGGACGCAGUGAAAAGUGGUAUGUUAGAGCCUCCUGCUGAUGACAGACUCGGAAGCAGCCAAGCAGGGACGGAAAGCGAGAUGUCAGCGGGGAUUGCUAACUUGUGCCUGGGUCCCCACAGUCCUGGACACGAGGCCCAGCACAUCUGCACCUCCAAGCCCUCGGGCGUCCCUGCAACAAAUGAACCUGCCUGGAGGCUCUUCCUUUUUGGGGAGGAGCCGUCCAAACUGGAUUGUGAUGUCUUGGCAGCUCUGGAGGGUGCAGACGUGGACCCUCAGCGGCACCCUGCUGUGCACAGGUGGAGGCGUGCCAUCCUGGGCUACCCGCCCUCUGACAGACAGAGUUGGCCGAGCCCUGCGAUAAAAGGGAAGUUGACAUCUCAGCUGCCGGAUCUCAGUUGCCCUCCCAGCUGCAGCCCAGGGAGAAGUGGGCCCUCUGGGGGCAGCCCCAGGAAGCCUGGCUCCGCCCCCCACUCCCCCCGUAUGGGCAGCCCCGGGCGCUACAGCCCUGCCAACGGCGGCCACCUCCGCAGGAUGGCGCACCUGGCCCAGCUGGCAGCCAUGUAGGGCUGGCGCGCAUUGCUGGUUCUCGCUUCAUUAAAGAAGGGUAAUGUGUUUUUUGCUAAAAUUCAUAGAAAGUGUAUAUUCUGAUUAAUUUAUUAAUCCUCAUUUUGAGAGUAAAAACUUUAGAAAAUGCAAAUGUUCCAUAUAAAAUGGAGGUUUCUGGCAUUUUGGGAGAAGUUGAUGAAAGCACAUUCAGAUACUAGUUUUCUGAAAACUGUCUGCGGUGACAAUACAGAUCACAGUUACCAUCCUGGUUGCCUGUGAAACAGUCGGGAGCCAAGGCUGCUUGUGCUCCCAGGAAUCCCGGUGGGUGCCGGGAGGUGGGGUUGCUGUGCUGGGAGCAGCCUCCCUGCAGGAGCCGUCCUCACUUCAACUCAGUCCUGAAAACUGAGGUGAAUUUUGUUCACCUUCCUUUUGUGGGGAGGGUUUUUCACUUCCGGGUUCUACUUGGUUAGAUGAAGAUAAAGCUUUUCUCUCAGACAAAAUCUGUAAUGAGUGGGAGGCACAUAAAUGUCACCCAGGAUUUGGCAGCAGCCACAAGGAGGUGUUUUCUCUCUCACCAGCACUGGACGUCAGUGUACUUUGUCUGUUGUCAGUGCAGUGGAGAUGGGAUGGUCUGUAAGUUCCCUGUUUUUGAAAUUAUCCCAUAUUUUAGAACUUAUUUCAGUUGAAGUUCCUUCAUAAAAGUGUCACAUUUUAGUACAGAAACUAGAGGUUGACUUUUGACAGGUUCGAUCCUGGUUUAGUUACUAGAGUGAGGUUUACAUUAGCCUCCACCCCACCCCCAAUCUGCGCGCGGAGUGUGGGGGUCACAGCUCCCUGUGCCAUAGUGGAUGCCCAGGGACAGACACUGGAGUGACAGACGACUGCUCACGCACCAGCAGUAUUUUGUGUAUCUCCAGAGUGAGAUCAAAUGAAAACUCUACCAGUGCUUUUACUGACUUCAGUGCCUUUUGUAAAUCAUUUUUUAUUUUCCUGAACUUGCUCUUUGAGAAUGUAUAGUGAUACUAAGUAGGCGUGAGAUUCUUUUUUACUCAUAAAAGUUUUAUUUCUUUCACACGAUAACAAGGGACAGGUCAGGAAUAUUAGAAUCAAGAUUUAGAUUUAAAAAUUCUAAUGGCUGUUGGACAAGGUGUUUUCACAUGUAGUGUGGCCGACAGUCUAGAUAGAAGACAGAAAAUACAUCUUCUAAAAUCCAGGGGCAUUUAAAACCGCAUCUUUGCUCUCAGCAGAAAUCAGAAAACAGAUGUGUUCACAGUGCUGAUCUGUUUUUUCUAGAAUCUUACCCUACUGUCCUGUAUAUUGCUGUAAAUAUUCAAGUGGAAUUAAAAUAGUGUUUUUGCUGUAA